AUGACUGUUCAAGAGGCAUUGGACUCGAACAAGCUCUACAUCAUCGACUAUCACGAUAUUUACCUUCCGUUUAUUGAGCGGAUAAAUGCUCUCGAUGGCCGUAAAUCGUAUGCCACGCGUACAGUAUUCUUCUUGACCGAAUUAGGAACACUUAAACCGAUAGCCAUCGAGCUCAGCCUUCCCCCGACAACUCUAAAUUCGCAAUCGAAGCGCGUGGUGACUCAGCCAGUCGAUGCCACGUCAUACUGGAAAUGGCAGCUGGCAAAGGCACACGUUUGCUCGAACGAUGCUGGCGUUCAUCAACUUGUCAACCAUUGGCUACGUACACAUGCGACUUUGGAGCCGUUUAUCUUGGCAGCACACAGGCAGAUGAGCGCAAUGCACCCGAUUUUCAAGCUUCUCGACCCGCACAUGAGAUAUACGUUAGAGAUCAAUGCUUUGGCAAGGCAGAGCCUAAUCAGCGUGGAUGGCGUAAUCGAGUCUUGCUUCACUCCCGGCCGUUACUGCAUGGAAAUUAGUGCCGCCGCAUACAAAACCUCAUGGCGUUUCGAUCAAGAGGGCCUCCCUGCCGAUCUCAUCCGAAG